AUUUUGUGUGACCAAAGUCAAUCCUACAAAAAGCCUUGUCAUUUUUUUUCGGCCCUUCUUUUUCCUUCAAAAAUAAAAAGGAUCGUGCAACAUUUUUUUUUGGGAACUUGUUGGAGACCCGCUUUUACCGUCGUGCACAACAUUUUUUUUUCUUAUUAACAAACAUGACCAUUGGGACAAUGCUGGUUGCACAAAGCUGGUCGCUUUUUAUAUUCGCUAUCCAUGACUAAACCGCUUUUUCAACUCCCUUUCACACCAACAUGGCGAUACCCCAAGAAUUAUUGUGCCUCACUGACGAUCAAUCUGAAGUGUUUAGAGCCAUAAUCGAUACCAUUGUGGCACCGUUGACGGACCAAGAAGAAUCGGAACUCCUCGCCAAUUUAGCCGACAUUGCCAUCCACACAAAAGAUCAAAUUACUACUUUUGCUAAAUUGCCGGCUCUUCAUGGCGAAAUCUUUGACUUUUUAUACCAUGCUACACCGCCCGAUCAACAAAAAGUGUUUGCUACGCUCCUAUCCUUACUAGCGAACCCUCACAGUGCUCUUUUACUCACUGGUCACUGGUCACGAUUCGACCAGUUAACGAGACAACAACGAGAAGCCGUGGUCAACAACUGGCGAACCUCCAACUUUGCGUUUAAACGUUUGAUAUACAAGGUCAUCUACUUCAUCGUCACUUAUCCCCUUUAUCGAAAAGUCGGCACUGAAUUUCAGGCAUGCAUCGGCUACUCGGGUAAAGACCACGUUCGCAACCAACCAGAUUAUCAACCCAAACGACAGCAUCCUCGACUACCGAUGAUGACAACGGAAGAAGCGCUCGCGGAACCCUUGAAAUUCGAUAUCAUUGUUAUCGGCAGUGGUUGUGGCGGAGGUGUAUGUGCGGGACGAUUAGCCCAGGCUGGCAAAUCCGUACUGGUCAUCGAGAAGGGCAAAUAUUACCAUCAUUCCGAGUACGACUUGCAAGAAACCACUGGAUUUGAUGAUCUUUACGAAAAUCGCGGCCUCUUGACUACGGGGGAUGGCUCCGUUCUGGUGUUUGCCGGUAGCACUUUUGGCGGCGGUUCAGCGUUUGCCGACGAUCUUGAAGAAGUAUGCCAUCGUAUUGGUGCCACCACAGCUGGCAUUGAACACAAUGUACCCAAUCAGAUCUUGGCCAAAGGUUGUCGAAAAUUGGGGUAUCCUCUGUCGGCCAUUCCUCAAAAUACGUCCGGUCAUCAACAUGAGUGUGAAUUCUGUGGGUGCGGUUGCAAGGAUGGGAUUAAGAAUACCACGACGCAUACAUGGCUCCGCGAUGCUCACGAACAUGGUGCCCGUUUCUUGGAUCAAACUCGAGUAGUGCGAAUCCUGACUCGUAACAAAAAGGCGAUUGGAAUAGAAUGUAUUGUUCACGGCCAACACACGGUCACCAUUGCAGCAAACCAGGUCGUCGUAUCGGCUGGUACGCUUCACAGCCCCAAUUUAUUGAUACGUAGUGGGUUGAAGAACAAGCAUCUCGGGCAGCAUUUGCGUCUCCAUCCAUGUCAUGUGGUGGUCGGGUUCUUUUCUGAGACCGUCGACAUGUUCCGCGGUCCGAUUUUGACCAAUGUCAGUAAUGUAGCCGAAAAUUGGAAUGGCGACAACUAUGGCGUCAAAAUUGAAGCGCCUACCGUGCUGGGCGGCGGGUUUUCAGGACUGUUGCCUUGGCGAGGCGCCGCUCAUCACAAGGAAAUCAUGCUUCGCUACCGUCAGUGCUCGCCUUUGGUGAUCGUUGCACGUGACAAGGAUUCGCAGGGUUCCGUUAGUUACGACGAUCAGGGCAAUUUGAAGGUGAACUACAAGUUAUCCAAGCACGAUACUCAAAGUUUGAUCGAAGGAAUGAUCCAUGCUUUGAAAAUUCUAUGUGCUGGAGGCGCAGCUGAAUUGCAGACCACCCAAUUCGGGCUUGAGCCUUUCCGAUUCUCCAAAACUGAAAAACCAGAUGUCAACAAUCCUCGCUUUGUCCAAUGGCUUCAACAAGUACGCGCGUACGGUUUGCCGGCUCACGGUUGCAAUGUCAUGUCAGCUCACCAAAUGGGAACCUGCCGUAUGGGCGUAUCCCCUUCUGUAUCCGCUACUAAACCUACGGGUGAAACGUGGGAAGUCGAGAAUCUGUAUGUGGCGGAUGCUUCAUUGCUCCCUACCGCAUGUGGCGUCAACCCAAUGAUCACCAUUCAAGCCACAGCCCUUCACGUCGCCAACACCAUGAUUGCCGCAUAUGGAAAUCAGAAAUCAUCCACAGAACAGAACCCGGAAAUGUAA